CUAUUAUUUAUUUAUUUCUUUUCUGGAGUACUGUCAGUUACAGUGAAGAAAAGCAGUUUAGUGACUGUAACGAAAAACCCUAAACUGCUUUUUCGGGGAGCCUUUAAUGACCAUGUGUUGGUUUUCAUGCUCCAAAUGCUCUGCGUCGUGGCCAUUAAUGGCGGAAAUGCAGGAGUCCUCCUUGCUUCUCCUCCAAUUCUUUUAAAUUUUAUAGUCCCCCUGCUUCUCUCCGCCUUCACAUGGCAGGUGUCCCUGUUUAUCCGGAAAAAUAUAUAUAUAUAUUUUCCCUUGCCUUCUAACGCAGUUCCAAUGAUUAUUCAAACAUAGAUUCCUGAUUUCUCAAGCAAAACCAGUGAACUCCGGUGAACAGAGUUCUCCUUUGAUGAGAUCGGGGGGAAGACGGUGAGGGUUUCAUUUUACAGCGCUCAGUUCUCUAGGAAGCAAGAAGUUCUUCCUCAAGUUCUCGACUCGCCACUCCGGGGAGGAGAAAAGAAAAGCAAAAGGUAAAAGAACAAAAAGAACCUGAUUCUUGGUGAAGCUCAGUCUUUUUUGACCGAAACUGCCGAUUUAAGUGUGCGAGCUCGACCUUUAAGGGAAGUUUCUCCGAAACGGCUCGACUUUUAAGUUUUAACAGCGAAAGUCGAAAUAGUGAAAUAUCUUGUUUUGUUUCUACAUCAUUUUCUUUUCUUCGUCUAAAACUCCGUAGAUGUGCCGGGAAGAGUGCUACAUCUGCCGCCGAUAUUCGCAGGAGGAGCUCGUUUUUUAACGGUGUUCUUAAUUAACUGUUCGACUUUUAGCUCGUGAGCAACUCAAUGGACGCUCGGCUCAUUUUCUAUUUCAUCCUGUUGUUCGGAUUGCUUUUCUGGCCAGGGGCCGCGGAUCCAGUAGAAGAUAAACAAGCUUUGCUCGAUUUCGUCAACAGCAUACCUCAUUCGCGCUAUCUCAACUGGAACCAGACCUGUCCCGUCUGUGACUGCUGGACGGGAGUGACCUGUAACUCCGAUAAAACUCGAAUAAUAGCCGUUCGUUUGCCCGGAGUUGGAUUUCAAGGCCGAAUUCCUCCAAACACUCUCAGUCGCCUCUCCGCUCUUCAGAUUUUAAGUCUCAGAUCCAACGGUCUAACUGGUCCUUUCCCUUCUGAUUUCGCCAAUCUCAGAAACCUCUCUUUCCUCUAUCUGCAGUUUAACAAAUUCUACGGUCCGUUGCCAUCGGAUUUCUCAGUUUGGAGAAACCUCACCAUCAUCAACCUCUCCUUCAACGCGUUUAAUGGCAGCAUUCCUUCGUCCCUCUCGAAUUUGACUCAGCUGACCGCUCUAAACCUCGCUAAUAACUCACUUUCCGGUGAAAUCCCAGAUCUUCAACUUCCAAAUCUGCAGCAACUAAACCUAGCCAACAACAGUCUCGUAGGAACUGUCCCGAAAUCUCUUCAGAAGUUUCCGAAUUUGGCAUUCUCUGGUAACAGUGUUUCUUUUCCUAAUUCUCCUCCUCCGAUUAUUGCUGUCAGUCCACCUUCUCCUCAACCGUUUCAUGGGUCGAGAAACGUUAAGAAGCUUGGCGAGUCAACCCUUCUGGGGAUCAUAAUAGGCGGCUGCGUUCUGGGGUUUUUGUCUAUUGCUACCCUACUAAUUCUUUUCUGCUCAAAAAGGGAAGGCGAUGAUGGAUUUGUGGGGAAGUCACAAAAGGGUGAAAGGUCUCCAGAGAAAGCGGUUCAAGGGAACCAAGACAGGAAUAACAGGCUUGUUUUCUUCGAAGGUUGUAAUUAUGCAUUCGAUUUGGAAGAUUUGUUGAGGGCUUCUGCGGAGGUGCUGGGGAAGGGGACGUUCGGCACAUCAUAUAAGGCGGUCCUGGAGGAUGCAAUCACUGUAGUGGUGAAGAGAUUGAAGGAGCUGAGUGUGGGGAAGAAGGAGUUUGAGCAGCAGAUGGAGUUGGUUGGGAGUAUUAGGCAUGAGAAUGUGGCUGAGCUAAGGGCUUAUUACUUUUCCAAGGAUGAGAAGCUUAUGGUGUAUGACUAUUACACUCAGGGGAGCGUCUCAGCAUUGUUACAUGGUAGAAGAGGGGAGGAAAGGGUUCCUCUGGAUUGGGAUACCCGACUGAGAAUCGCGAUUGGUGCAGCAAGAGGCAUUGCCUACAUCCAUGCAGAGAGCGGUGGAAAACUUGUCCACGGGAACAUAAAAUCAUCCAACAUCUUCCUUAAUUCUCAAAAUUAUGGAUGUGUAUCUGAUCUCGGCCUAGCAGCACUAAUGAGCCCAGUGGCCCCACCUAUCUCCCGUGCUGCAGGGUACAGAGCGCCUGAAGUGCUUGAUACCAGGAAGGCAACCCAAGCAUCCGAUGUCUAUAGCUAUGGAGUGUUGUUGCUUGAACUUCUUACUGGCAAGUCUCCUGUACAUGCUACAGGUGGUGACGAGGUGGUUCACCUGGUCAGGUGGGUUCACUCUGUAGUCCGGGAAGAGUGGACAGCAGAAGUGUUUGAUGUGGAGCUGAUGAGGUAUCCUAACAUAGAGGAAGAGAUGGUAGGGAUGCUACAGAUAGCAAUGGCCUGCGUGGUCAGGAUGCCGGAGCAGAGGCCGAAGAUGCCUGAUGUGGUUAAGAUGCUUGAGGACAUAAGACGGCUUGACACCGGAGACCGUCAGUCGACGGAAACAAAAUCAGAAAGUUCAACACCAACACCACAACAAUUACCUCGCGCGGGUGGAGGGAUGGAAUCCAGUUCCGUUCAACAGUGAGCCCACCAUAGUCUUCAACCAUUUGUUCAAGUCAGUUUGUGAUGUAUUUUUUAUCUUGGUAAUUUUUUUUUUUUUUUAAUUCUUCUUUGUCGAAGUUGCCCAUACCUCAAUUUGUCUCUUUGUUGUUUUACGUUUUCAUUUGUUUGUUUUCUUUGAUAAAAUUCGUCAUUCGUGACUAGUUUUAUCAACCCGAUGUCAAGUCAGCUAGGGCAUAUUCCAUGAUUGAUCCAUUGGACGGUGUCAACUUGCUCGGUUGUAAGUUUCA